CUGGGUUGGUGCAAAUGCUUGAGAGGACUGUAGUGAGCGUCAGACAUGCCUGUUGAUCUAGUCCCACUAGCUUCGACGUCUCAAAUAGAACACACCCCUUCUAGAGAGGAUGGUAUACCUGCGGAAUUGGAAGAGGAUCUGAGAGCAUUUGGGUGCAAGCUUAUUCAUGAAGCUGGGAUAUUGCUGAAACAAAAACAAGUUGCUGUAGCCACAGCUCAAAUCCUGUUCCAACGUUUCUGGUAUACAACUUCUAUGAAACAGUUCGGUAUCGGUGACAUCGGAAUGGGAGCCCUAUACCUCGCAUCCAAACUCGAAGAAUGCCCACUCCGAAUACGCGACCUCAUCAACAUCUACGACCUCCUCCUCCAACGCACCUCCCACACCCUCUCCUCAUCACCCAAACCCAAAGACCCCUUCAAAUACGCCCCAAUGUCUUACUUCGGCAACACCUUCUACGACCUCAAAGACGCGCUCGUCGUAGCUGAGAUGCAGAUCCUCAAGCGACUGGGGUUUAACGUCCACGUGCUUCUGCCAUAUGGCACGCUUAUAAACUAUCUCCGCGUUUUGGGGUUGACGAGUCGGAAGGAUGCUUGUGCGAGGGCGUGGGGGUACCUUAAUGAUGCCAUGCAAACGCCCGUUUAUGCGUUAUAUGCAAUCCCGACGAUCGUCAGCGCAGCUAUCCUCCUUGCUUCUCGUCAACUUGAUAUAGCAUUGCCUUCUUCGCCGCCUGAUUGCUGGUGGGACCUUUUCGAUGCACCUUGGGAGGACGUGUGGAGCGUUUGUGGGUAUGUUAUGCGUUUGUAUCGUGAGCGCGCGCCGGAGGAGAGGAUGAGGGUGUUGAGAUUGGUGGGUAAGAAGGAUGUGAGGGGGUGGUUGGAGGAGAAUGCUGUUGGGCAGUCUUGAUGCGGUCUUGGCGACUUGGGCGGAUGUGGUUUUGGUCCGUGCGGCUCUGCACGCUGCGGUAGCUUUAUGGACCAUGUCCCUGGGCGGAUGUAGUUUGGCCCGUGUGGCUGCGGCUUUUGUCGCCGAUCUGCAUGCUGCGGUCGGUAGCCUUAUGGUCCGAGAUGAUCAUGCAUCUGUCAAUUCAUUGGUCACCGCAGCUUUGACAAGCCGUUGUCGCCUCC